AUGGCCGUGCCUCCGGGAGUCGACGCGGUGCGGAAAGCGGUUCAUCAGUUUGGAAUCGUGGGCGGCGAGGACUACGACUCCAAGGAUGAGCGCCUGCAACAGCUUCUAGAUCGCCUUCCCGCAGAUUCGGGUCCUGCGAUUGUGUUUGCCAAAGCAGCUUCGCAAGCGCAGGCUGUGGCAGUCGUUGACAGAAGUCGGCGCAAAGCGCUGGCGGCCGCCGCUCGGAGUCGUGCGGGCCGUGUCAAGGCUGUGGAAGCCGCAGUGUCUACAAACACAGCGGGAGAUGCUCCGCUGAGCGAGAAGCUCGACCCUGAGAUGAGCAGUUGGACGCACGACUGGGCGUGCGGGCGCUGCACCCUCAUCAAUGGCUGGCUAGCUGAAGAGUGCACGGCCUGUGGCGCUAGGAGAGGAGCCUUUCCCAAAGUUACAGUCGCCGUGGCCGAUGAGAAGGCAAACAUCCGAAGCUUAUCGUGGACACCGGGGAGCUGCCAGAUCCUCAUCAACUACGACGUGGCGCGCAGCGCGGCCGAGUACGUGCGCCGCCUGGGAGCGCUGGAGCCACAAGAGGCGAACAAUCCGCGAUUUCCGCGUGUCGUGUACACCUUCCUGGAAGAAGGGCAACUGCGCGGGCGAGCUGCGCAGGAGAUAGUGGCAUUGCUGAAGACGACACGAGGGUACGUUGAGCCCUCCAAGAAAGCUGAGAUAGACUCCGCGCUGGGAUUGAUUGACUACACCGAAGAGGACGAGGACGAGGAGUGGGAGGAUGAGGACUACGAGGAUUGGGACGACGAAGACUGGGAGGCAUGCGAUUGUGCCCAUUGUUGCGGAUCCAUCGUGGGAAGCACGUCGUACCACCCUCUUCUGCCCGUGCCAGGGCUCGAGCACAAGGCGAUGUCUGUAAUCGAGGUUGUCCGACUGCCACUCAAGGCCCUUGAAGACUUUGACAAGGCAGUUCCCUUCAUUGCACCGAGGGUCAUCGGCCAUUCUUGUACAUUAAUAUGCCUGCACUGCCUCAAUGUUCACACUCCCUGGGACGGCUGGGAGCAGUUUUUUGCACCAUCGCAGCUGACAGGCACCAUGCGCGUGGUCCUCGUUCUGGCAGACGGCGUGUCCUGGCACGACUAUCCCGACUCCGCCCUUCUUGGGGCAGGCGGUUCUUCUUGGGUGGACAUCCUCGACAUGGAUUCCAUGGACCGGUCGGACAUGCUGCUCGAGCGGCUGGUUGAUCAUGAGGCAGCCUUGCUGAAUGGUCAGAGUGAGCGGAUCGUGCUCAUGGGCAACUCGGCAACCAUGAAUGAGUUCUGCCGCCCUGCCCGUAAGUAG